CCUGUCUCUCUUCCUUCACCUCUCGAGUGAGUAGCCAUGAGCUGGGCUGUGGGAAUGCUGCGGGCCAGCCAGAGACUGGGCGCUGUGAGAGCGAAUUGCCUGUGCCCGGGAAUGGUGCUGAGUCCCCGCCAGCCGGCAGGCAUCGCCCGCAGGGGCGCCUGGCCCAUCGCCCCCGCGUCCAAGAUGGCUACGGUCAAGUGUGAGCUUAUGAAGAAUUUCCCCUCAGAGGAGCCCGUUUGUUGCAAUAAGAUCUCCAUUGUAGGAACUGGAUCGGUUGGCAUGGCCUGUGCUAUCAGCAUCCUGUUAAAAGGCUUGAGUGACGAACUUGCCUUGGUGGAUGUUGAUGGAGGCAGACUGAAGGGUGAGACAGUGGAUCUUCAGCAUGGCAGCCCUUUCGUGAAAAUGCCCAAUAUUAUUUCCAGCAAAGUGGAUAUCUUAACUUACGUAGCCUGGAAGUUGAGUGAAUUUCCCCAAAACCGUAUUAUUGGAAGUGGUUGUAAUCUGGACACUGCCCGUUUCCGUUUCUUGAUCGGGCAGAGGCUUGGUAUCCAUUCUGAAAGCUGUCAUGGGUGGAUCCUUGGAGAGCAUGGAGACUCAAGUGUUCCUGUGUGGAGUGGAGUGAACAUCGCUGGUGUCCCUCUGAAGGAUCUGAACGUAGAUAUAGGAACUGAUCAAGAUCCUGAGCAGUGGAAAAAUGUGCACAAAGAUGUGGUUGCUAGUGCCUAUGAGAUUAUUAAAAUGAAAGGUUAUACUUCUUGGGCCAUUGGCCUGUCUGUAGCUGACUUAACAGAAAGUAUUGUGAAGAAUCUUAGGAGAGUGCAUCCAGUUUCCACCAGAAUUAAGGGUCUCUAUGGAAUAAAUGAAGAAGUAUUCCUCAGUGUUCCUUGUAUCCUGGGAGGGAGUGGUAUUACCGACCUUAUAAAAGUAAAGUUGGCCCCUGAAGAAGAGGCCCAUCUGCAGAAGAGUGCAAAAACAAUCUGGGAAAUUCAAAAGGAGCUUAAGUUUUAAAGUUGUUUAAAACUACCAUUCUGAAGUUAUUGAAGAAAAGAGAGUAGUUAUGGAGUUGUGUAUGUCCAGUUUUCGAAUGAACUUGAAUUCCUAAAAGUUG